AUGGGCGAACUCCAAACCACCAACAAGACUUUGGUUUCUCAAGAAAAUGCCAAUGCCUACGUCAAAGCUGUCCUACAGGCAAAUGGUGUCUCUGAGAAAGAUGCAACGACUAUAGCUCAUUGUCUCGUUGCUGCCGACCUUCGUGGCGUAGACACUCAUGGCGUCAACCGCAUCCCGUCCUACCUCGCCCGUGUUCGCCAAGGAGUCCUCGAUCCCACAGCUCAACCCACUAUCGUCAACCAAACUCCUGUAGUCGCUCAAGUUGAUGGCAAGAACGCUUUCGGCUUUGUAGCUGCCAAACUGGGUAUGGAGAAAGCGAUUGAUAUGGCCAAGACCUACGGGAUUGGUAUGGUCAGUGUGAAGCACAGCAAUCAUUUCGGCAUGAGUGCUUGGCUGGUGCAACAAGCCCUCGACGCUGGGAUGAUGAGUUUGGUUUUUACCAACUCAUCUCCCGCACUACCUGUUUGGGGCGGUAAGGAAAAGCUCAUGGGGGUGUCGCCGAUUGCUUGUGGAGCUCCUGGCUCUGAGCAUGACUUCAUCUUGGAUAUGGCGCCGUCGGUGGCAGCGAGAGGCAAGAUCUACAAAGCCAAACGGAGAGGCGAGAAGAUACCAGUCGAUUGGGCAUUGGACAAGGAUGGAAACAGGACUGAUGAUCCGAGUGCUGCUCUCGAGGGUGUCAUGCUGCCCAUGGGCGGCCCCAAGGGAUCAGCCUUGUCGAUAAUGAUGGACGUGUUCUCGGGUGUCCUGUCUGGAUCCGCCUUCGCUGGUCAUGUCACCAACCCAUAUGAUCCGUCCAAGCCCGCAGACGUAGGCCACUUCCUCAUUGCUCUGAAACCCGACCUCUUCCUCAGCUCGGAUGAGUUUAAACAGAGAAUGGAGUAUCUUUAUCAUAGGGUGAGUUCUCCGAUUGAUAAAACAUAUAUCCUGAAUGCUGACAGACGGCAGGUCGUGCAUUGCGAGAAGAUGGCAGGAGUCGAUCGGAUUUAUUUCCCGGGUGAGAUUGAACAGUUGACGGAAGCAGAAAGGAAGCAGUCCGGUAUACCAUAUGUCGCAGCCGAGAUUGAAGCCUUGAAUGCUGAGGCAAGGCGAGUCGGUGCACCAGACAUAGUUGUGUCACAAUAG